AUGGCCCAGGUGGACCCCCAGGACAGGUGGGACGAGGUGUCUCCUCUCUGCAGCUUGACUGAGGACCCCCGGAUGCCGAGCGUUAACUUAGGGAGUGAGGAUGAGGAUGGAGGGGAGACAGGAGACCAAGGAGGCACUGGUGACCCGGAUCACCAGGCCCGUUCAAAGGGCAGCUCCCAAGUGACUCAGGACAAUCCUGACUCGCGGUGGCAGCAUCCACCUGGCCAGAAGGAAGAGAAAGUGUCUGACUCUUUUAGAGCUGGGAGUGUGGGGAAGAAACCUAUGGCGACGCCUGGAAAGAAGGCCAGCUGGGGAAGAGAUGAAUCAAAGAUCACGCAGACCCAGGACUCACCCGAAGCAAGCACAGCUCCAGGUGUCCUCCCCAGCGGCCUCUCGCACAAGUUGUUAGGUCAGAGGCAACCUCCUGGGGUCUCAUUACCUGCAGGUGAUGAUGGAGACUCCAGGGCAAACCUGGACGCCGCCUUGGGUGUCCCAUCCAGCUUCUCUGGUCCUGGAAGCUAUUUCCGUGCACAGAAAGGUGUAGACAGGGCCUCAAACAACUCCUCCCUGGCGUGUUUCCCCAAGCUGGGUGGCAGCUGGGACCUCCCCACGCAAGAGACACGCACGCCAGCGCAGGGGUCGGCCACCGCCGCCAGGUUGGCAGAGGCGGUGCUGGCGAAAGCGCGCACAGGCCAAAAGGGCCAGCACCCAGCGGGCGCGGGGGAGGGCGGGCAGGAGGAGGUGCGUCCCAACAAGUGCAGGCGAGCUGGGCGGGCCUUCCAGAAGCCCAGCAACCGGCUGAGCCCGGCGCAGACGAGGGGCGCCAAGCCUUAUGCGUGCGAGCUGUGCGGAAAGGCCUACUCCCACCGGGGCACGCUCCAGCAGCACCGGCGCCUGCACACGGGCGAGCGGCCCUACCGGUGCCCCUUCUGUGACAAGGCCUACACUUGGUCCUCGGACCACCGCAAGCACAUCCGCACCCACACAGGCGAGAAGCCCUACCCGUGCCCGGACUGCGGGAAGGCCUUCGUGCGCUCCUCGGAUCUGCGCAAACACCAGCGCAACAUGCACAGCAACAACAAGCCUUUCCCGUGCGCCGAGUGUGGCCUGACCUUCAACAAGCCGCUGUCGCUGCUGCGCCACCAGCGCACGCACCUGGGCGAGAAGCCCUUCCGGUGCCCGGCCUGCGACAGGGAGUUCGCCGUGGCCAGCCGGAUGAUGGAGCACCAGCGUGUGCACUCAGGCGAGCGGCCCUUCCCCUGCCCCACCUGCGGCAAGUGCUUCACCAAAUCCUCCAACCUGAUCGAGCACCAAACGCUGCACACCGGCCAGAGGCCCUUCAAGUGCGCCGACUGCGGCGUGGCCUUCGCGCAGCCCUCGCGCCUCGUGCGCCACCAGCGCAUCCACACCGGCGAGCGGCCCUUCCCUUGCGCGCAGUGCGGCCAGGCCUUUGCCCGCUCCUCCACCCUGAAGCGGCACCAACAGAUCCACUCCGGGGAGAAGGGCUUCCUCUGUGCCGAGUGUGGCAGGGCCUUCCGCAUUGCCUCCGAGCUGGCCCAGCACAUUCGGGUGCACAACGGGGAGAGGCCCUACCAGUGUGAGGACUGCGGCCAGGCCUUCACCCGGUCCAAUCACCUCCAACGACACCGGGCCAAGCACCACGCCUGCAAGAAGGAGCCCAACCCCUCCUCCUCUGACGAGUGA